AAAUUGAACAUGUUGGUCUUUGAUCCAAUGUAUCGUCAGACCUGAGGGAUUCGGAGGUAGAAAUCAAAUUGAAUCCAUGGAUUCUUCUGCCGCGUCAUCAUCCUACAGCUUCGCAUCAUCUCCUGCAAGGAAGAAGCCCGAUUCGUCCUUUGACUACGACGCGAUGUUCAAAGAGCCGUCCAUGCCGGUUUACGACAAACCGGUGUUCGAUGAGGAUGUGUUUGAUGACGAGCCUAUUCCUCAUCUCCACACUUCUCAGUCUGAUAGGUUUGAUAACGUUUUCGCUUCGAUGGAAUCACCUUCAAGGCUCAGGAACCAGAACAGUUCGGGUAGUUCCGUCUUUGAUGACUUGAUUCCUGAGUUUGGUCGGCCUACCUCCCCUCCAACCAAACGGUCAACUUCAGAGCGAAAACCUCCAUCUUCCAAUCUUGUGGACUUGGAUGAGUCUGCAUCAACCACCCUUAGACAACCUCCUACAGGAGGGUUCACUGAUCCAUUUGAGGAAUUCAAUAGCAAACAAAAUGUUGAUUCUUCUGACUCUCUCCAUAGUCUUGGAAGAUCAGGGUCAGAUAUGGAUAGUAGAGGAAAAAGUCACUUGAGACCACCAAACCUCAGUGCCUCUCAGUCACCAGUAUAUAGUUCUGGGAGUAGUUACCAUGGUAACAAAGUUGCUUUUGAUCAUGUUUUGGAGUCGCAUUAUACUUCUUCAACAACUGUUCCUCCUCAGCCUACUUCUCCAGUGUAUGAAAACAAAUCACUCAGUUCAGAUGAUGAUGUCUGGCUUACUGUAUCUGAGAUCCCCUUAUUUACGCAACCUACAAGUGCUCAUCCCCCUUCAAGACCUCCACCACCAAGACCUACAACAAGGAAGGUUAACGAGCCUUCUUUAUCGAGUUCCACUAACCCGAUAGCAUCUCUCAACGAUUUUUCUAUGGGCAGAAGUCAGGCUGCUGCUAAUGGAUAUCCCGACCCUCCCUCUGAUGAACAAGAUUCAGAUGUUUUCUCUACGGCUGUUGCAUCAGCUGCUGCCAUGAAGGAUGCCAUGGACAAAGCAGAAGCCAAGUUUAGGCAUGCUAAGGAAAGGAAAGAGAGAGAUCAUUUAAAGGCAAAUAGAGUUAGAGAAGGAGAUCCUAUGGAGAGUCGGGAAAAUGGAGUUAGAGAAAACCAAGCUCGAUUGGAUCGUGAAAGGGCAGAGAUGGAAAGAGAGGCAGAGCAGAAGCGAGUUGAGAAAGAAAGGGAAAGGCUGUUGGCUAGACAGGCGGUGGAGAGGGCUACUAGGGAAGCACGCCAAAGAGCAGCCGCUGAGGCUCAAGCAAAAGCUCAAAGAGCUGCUGUUGCCAAGGCUACUACUGAUGCCCGUGAACGCGCAGAAAGAGCAGCGGUUCAGAGAGCUCAUUUGGAAGCACGUGAAAGGGCAGCUGCAGGGGCAAAGGAAAAGGCUGAGAGAGCUGCAGCAGAAGCUAGAGAAAGGGCCAACGCUGAAGAGCGGGAGAAGGAAGCAAAACUCAGGGCAGAACGCGCUGCAGCAGCUCAAGCUCAAGCUAAGCAGCAAGAGAGUAACGAUGAUCUUGACUCCUUCUUUAACUCGGUUUCCAGACCCAGCAGUGCUCCACGACAGAGAACCAACCCUCCUAAUCCUUUCCAAGAUUCGUGGAACAGGGGAGGAUCUUUCGAAUCUAGCAAGGCAUCCGAGAAUCUGAGGAAGACCUCUUCAGUUACAAACAUUGUUGAUGAUCUCAGUUCAAUAUUUGGAGCUUCAGCAACCCAAUCUGGUGGGUUUCAAGACAUUGCAGGAGAAACUGAGGACAAACGGCGUGCCAGGCUGGAACGCCACCAGAAAAUACAGGAGCGGGCUGAAAAAGCACUUGCUGAGAAAAAUAAUCGUGAUCUUCAAGUACAAAGAGAACAAGCUGAGAGAAAUAGAAUCGGUGUGACCCUGGAUGUUGAGAUAAAACGUUGGGGUGCGGGGAAGGAGGGAAACUUGCGUGCCCUGCUUUCGACGUUACAAUAUGUUCUUUGGCCAGAGUGUGGUUGGCAGCCUGUUGCAUUGACUGAUUUAAUUACGGCCGCAUCUGUCAAGAAAUUCUACAGGAAGGCCACUCUCUGUAUACAUCCUGACAAAGUUCAGCAAAAAGGUGCUAAUCUCCAGCAGAAAUACAUUGCCGAGAAAGUGUUCGACAUGCUCAAGGAAGCAUGGAACAAGUUCAACUCAGAAGAACUGUUUUGA